AUGUUCUUAUUAUUUACAGUGCCGAAUCCCCGUACCCUACAAAUAAUCCGGAAUCUCAAACAAGAUAGUAAAUCUGUUAUACAGAAUGAAAUACCUACGACUUCAACUUCCAUACAAUUCACUGAAAAGGAACAGUUCAUUUUAUCUCCCAAGCCUAACGAUAAUAUUGAAAAUAAAGAUUUAUCUAAUGUUAGUGAAGACUUUUGUUCAGAUGAUAGUGUGAAGGAUCCUGACUAUGUAGAUAUCGAUACACCCUGUUCUACAAAGAGGUCUCUUUUGAAAAAUAAAAACCGAGAAGUUUUUAAAAAUUUGUUGAGUGGAGUAGAUUUAAAUGAAAAACAAUAUGACAAUUUCAGAAACGAUGUUUUCACCAUAAACCAAACAAGUUCACCUAUACCUAUGCCGAUAGCCCCCAUACAAACAGAAUCUAGUAGCAGCUCAAGCGAUGGAAUUGGUUCAUCCAGCUCAAGCGAUGGAUCUAGUUCCUUAGAUUCCGAGAGUUCAUCAGACGAUGAAUUGAAUAAUGAACGUUUAACAGCAGUGGUUCAGUCUAGGGUAGACAAUAACACAUUUCUUACAAGAGCUACCUGCAUCGAAGAAGAUAUUUCUCGCAAUGAUUCGAUUGAGCCAGUAGCUUCAACUUCAUGUUCUACACCUCCAACUUCUUUAGAACUUACUGCUGAUACCAAUUCUACACAUCUUGGUUGUAUCGAUAAUAUCAGCUCAAAUAAAGGACGGAAAAGAAAAUCUACACCCAAUAACUGUUUGCGUAACAAGGCAAAAAUCCUAAGAAACUCUGGUAAAUAA